AAGUAAAAGACGGUCCAAUGCCUUUCAUGGACUUUUCAUUCAGAGAUGGAGGGGGAAAGUGAGGAUGAGGACUUGCGUGACCGAGCCUCUUCUGCAGAGCCAUCCGGUGUGCACACUCCACAGGCACCUGGAUCACCUGCAGGAACUGUCCAAGCAUCACCACAUGGAGUAUUCCUGUCUCAGCCAGCUUCUAUUGAUGAGCCUUUGCUGCUGUUGGAUGAAGAAACUGUCCAGGCUCAACACGAAGCUGAACGAGUUGCUUUAAAUGAGGAACUCGCUGAAGCGAGACGCCGUGGGAAAGCAGACCGUGCAGCUGCCGAAGCUUUAGCAGUUUCCGUAGAGGAGCUCAAACGUGAGCAUGAAGAAGUACACCUCGAAAGACGGAGGCUAGAGAAAGAGAACGAGGUGCUGCGCCUGCAGCUUCAAGACCAUCACGGUAUCAUGGCGGCAGAAUGGGGACAGACACUGCAGUUUCAAGAGAGGCUUCGGCAAGAAGAAGCGGAGGUCGAAAAGCUGUCUGCAGAGGUGCUUCAACAUCAAUCAAGAAUCCAACAGCAGGAGGAGGAGCUAUGCUCAUUGCGCAAGGAUGCCAAGUGGUGGAGAUUACUUGGGCGUCAAUCGAAGGGGCUUGAGGAUGUGACCUGUGAAGAGAUGGACCAUAUCUUGGAGGUUGCCGUACCCGGCAUCGCUGGUCUCCAAGCAGAAUCACGAGCAAGGGCAAGAAGAAAUCGAAGUCAGCUUCGAGACGAGCUUGAGCAGCAGUUGUGUGCCGUGUGCAGAGACGCGAAGAAGGUAGUUUUGUUCCUUCCAUGUCAGCACCUAUGUGUUUGCGAAGGCUGCAGAGGAAAACUUCGACCGUACAGAUGUCCAAUGUGUCAGGAACCAAUACAGUCUCACAUCUCUCGCGUUCACUUCUGAGAGCCCUUUUCAACUAGGCAGAAAGCCUAGCAAUACUAGGCAACCAUCGUUGCCUUUUUAGGACAAAUCGGCUUUUUUUGUGCCGACAUGAAUAUCUUCAAUUCAUUGCCGCUGGCCAGACAGCCUUUGAAAUCCGAGCCGUUGCGUUUCCUGGGCUUCGUUGUGGAGCUUGGGCGUAGCCUUCUGUUUCU